AUCUUUCGGAGGGGGUCAGCAGCGCUGGUGAACAACACUCAGACGACUGAUACAGAUGUGCUUCACUGCAUGCAGGCGCAGGUGGACCAGAGAGCUUUAGAGAACAGAGAACCAACACUUUUACUUUCACCGGCUUCAUUUCUUGAGCUUUUUUCCCCUAAAACUGAGAAUUGAAUUUGAAGACGAAGAAGAAGAAUCUGGGAUAAUAAUAAUAAUAAUAGAAGAAAUCUUCAUUUCCUCAGGUGAAGAGAGAUUCAAAAAGCAGGUCAUUGCACAUCUUUGAGAGAUGUUUGAGAAACAACCCUACGACAGUCCCCCGAUGUACACCCCACCUUCCAAUGGCUUUGGACCACCGGGGAGUUUCCAAGACCCACGGAGUGAAUUCGAUCCCUACCCUCCACCUCCAGGAUCCUACUAUUUGGGCGAGGAGGUGCCACAGCACUUCUACAAAUGGUUCUCCCCUCCGGGAAUUGUGAAGAUUAUGAUGGGAACCAUUAUAAUCCUCUGUCUGGGAAUCUUCGCCUGUGUGGCCUCGACUCUGGCUUGGGACACGCAGUACGGAUUUGGUUACGGAUCUGGAUAUUCCAGCUAUCCUGGAUACGGAAGUGGAUACGGCAGUGGGUAUGGAUACGGAAGCUACGGAUACGGAAGUGGCUAUGGAUACGGAAGCUACUACAAUUCUUACCCGACCCCUUACUCGGCAAAGACCAGUAUGAUCGCCAUUGCCGCCAUAAACUUCAUCAUUGCUUUGGGAUUCUUUGCAGUUAGCUUCUCCAAAACAAACACGUUCCGCAGCAGGAAGUUCUACCUGGUGGUGCUUGUUAUUUGUUCUAUAAUGGCUGUGAUUCAGGGCAUUAUAAACAUUGUGUACAUUGUAGGAGUGAACCCUAUGGCCCAGAGCUCCACCAGCUCAUACUACAACCCCAUGCUUCUGAUGUGUCAGAACCUCUAUGGCAGCAGUGUGACAGGAAUGGGGGCCGGCUUUCCCCUCUAUAACCAGUACUUGUACCACUACUGCUACGUGGACCCUCAAGAGGCAGUUGCAAUGGUUUGUGGGUUCAUGGUUGUGGUGGCACUGGCUGUGGCGGCCUUCUUCUCCUAUAGGACCAGAAGUAAAAUCUGGCACUAUGGGAAACCAAACAUCUACUGGGAUCGACCACUAAUGGGAGGAACUGAGGGCAGAGAUGUGGAGGAUUGGGUCAACCACGUACAGGAUGGACAGAGCGUGCAGGAGGCAUCCAUGGUGUUCUCAGAGAAGAUGGCUCCUGUUCUGGUUUCAGCCCCCAGUGUCGGCUCCAUCCCCCUGAAGACCGGCAGUGUCUUUAGUUCUGAGACCAACAAUGUUAUCGGUUACCCUGAGCGCUCUUUCAGCCGGCCAUCUCAUUCUACAUCCCCGUCUGGAGAAGUGAGCUCCAGCCCCUCCGACCAGACGGACACCAUCCGCAAACCGUCCGCCUCCAGGGGCAAGAGACGCAGGAGGAACCCUGAGCUGGAUGAGUCCCAGUACGAAACCGAGUACACAACGGGAGGAGAGACUGCCAACGAUUUUGACGAGGAUCUAUGGAAACGUCUGUAUCCAGAGAUCACGUCUGACACCCAGCGACACGAGUACAAGAAAGAGUUUGACUCGGACCUCAGGACCUAUAAGGAACUGUGUGCCGAAAUGGACGACAUCAGCGAUCAGAUAAACAAGCUCAGCAGAGAGCUGGACACACUUGAAGAGGGCUCGUCCAAGUACCAGGCUGUAGCAGAGGAAUAUAAUCAUCUCAAAGACCUAAAACGGAUGCCAGAUUAUCAAAACAAGAAGCACCUUUGUCGCAAACUGCACCACAAGCUUUUCCAUAUUAAACGAAUGGUUAAGAUCUAUGACCGCCGUCAGUAAUAAUAAGCUGCAUUAAACCACCACACCUGCUCUCCUUGUUAAACACUUUUGCAUUUAACUGAUGAAGCCAUCAAACGACUGUGUGACCAAAGUUGCCCGAAACUGCUGUAACAAUGGCUUCAUCUAGUGCUUAUGAUUAACCUGAACCCUAAAGAUGGUUGGAAACGAAGACCAGCGAUUUCAAAACCGGUCCUUCCAAAGUCUUUCCAUUACCUGGAACUUGUUCUUUCACUGGAAACAUCUGCUUUUUUUAGAGUGAGUGACUUCAUGUAGCCUGUAAAAUGCCAUAAAGCAUUGCAAUAUUGUUGUUGUUUUUUUGUUGGGUGCGGUUGUGAGUGCUAACUUCGAGGUCAGCUGAUUACAUGUGUUUGUUGGAGGAAAUGUACUUCGGACAAUCCUCUCCAACUAAGUAAUUUGCACCUGCAUUGUCACAUCUAUGCUAUUAGUUUCCUUGUGUAUGACUGUAAAUGGGUCGUGUGUUUUAUUGUCUAUUUCUGUAAAGGUGUAACAGUGGGGCACUGCUUGUUUUCAACUCAGAAAACACAAAAGUUUUUGUUUCGAGGUGUGCCAGAAUAGUUCCCAGAAACAAUUGAGGUAUUUAAACUAGCACACCAUUACAGAAUUUUUUUAUUAUUUUUUUAACAACUGACUGCCUCAGUAAAAGAAGAAAUGGAAAUUUAAAUCACAAAGAGAAACUGGAAUUUCAUAUUCAGCUGUGAUUUUUAAAGUUGAGUUUUGUAAAAAAAAAAAAACGGUGCCGUUGCAAAUAUGCAAAGAUUCUGUUCAUUUAGUUCUAGAUGUUUAUAUCUCAUUCUCAUUGCAUUUGAUUCAUUUCGAAAUAUUGUGAUCUUCCUGCUAUUUAAAACAGUAAUAGCUGCUUUU